UUGAUGAUAGUAGAUUAUCCCACAAGUAAAUAAAUAAAAAGUAAAUGUACUCUCAUCUCAUACGACACCGUUUUCGCCACCAAAAACUCCUCUCUGUCUCUCAACGUUCUCUCCCAUACGACUGCGUUUUCGGCACCAAACUCUCUCUCUCUCUCUCAACAAUGGUUUUGCUACAAUUAGAUCCGUUUCUCAAUGAACUCACCGCCAUGUUCGAGCGUACCACUGACAAGGGUUCUGUUUGGGUUACUCUCAAACGAUCAUCCUUGAAAUCUAAAGUUGAGAAGAAUAAAUUGGUUACUGCUGGUGAGACAAUUGAGCAUAGAUGUCUCAUACGUGCCACUGAUGGGAAAAAGACCAUUUCUACUUCGGUUGGACCAAAGGAUCAUCAACGCUUUCAAGCUUCUUAUGCAACUAUAUUAAAGGCCCAUAUGACUGCUCUGAAGAAGAGAGAAAGGAAGGACAAGAAGAAGUCUGCAGAGAUCGAUAAAAGGGAAGGAACUUCUAAGAGGCCUAAGAAAUCCUGAAGUGACAUGCUUUUGCUGUUUGGUAUUCUGCUCAAACUUAGUUUCUGUCUGACUUUUUUUUCAUCUGAAGGACUGGUCGGCUCCACAUACCUUUUUGAGUUGCAGGGGAGGAAUUGAACCGAAGGGAGGGAAAAAGACAACAAGGAUAUGUAAAACUGUUAUUGAAUUGGCAAUUGGUUAAAAUUUUCCUUCCGCCCCUGCGGCGGUUAUAAAUUGAAUCUUCAGGAUAAAUUUCUUUUCCCCAAUUGAUAUUUUGAUUAAAACUCAUUUUGAGUUUAUCUUCUGGUCCCAAAUUUCUUGUUCAAUCAUGAGUUAUUAUCCUUUGUUAGCAA